CUCUCUCUCUCUCUCUCUGGUUUGGAUUAACGAAGCGUUAAUGGUGAUGCUCAACCUCCUCCGCCGUACUCACAAACAAAGAAACUCUCAAAUUUAAUCACCAAAAAGAAAAAGAAAAAACAGAUAGAGACGAAGCAGAGGGCUUUUAUUGAAUUAUAUACUUUGGAAAAUAUCAGACACACACUACGAGGCUCCUUUUGCUCUCUCUUCUCUUCUCUUCUCUUCUCUUUGUGCUUCUUUUUCUCACAUUGAUUGGGGUAAUAUUUGGCUCCUUUCAUCAUUUCAAUAUCAAGUUUUGGCCAAAAUCUUUGUAUCAGAUAAAAAGGUAUCUGCUUCACAUUGAUUGCUUUCAAGUUUCAACCUUUCUGUUAAUGGGUCUUCUUUUAUGACUCUCCCAACAACUCCCUCUACACAGCUUUGCUCUGCUGCUCUCUUUCUUCCAUGAAAGCCAGAAAGCAACCAAUCCUCCCCUCUCUGUUUUGCUCUGUCUAGUCUGAACCCCAUAGUCUUGGCUUUGCUCUGUAACAAAGUUCAACCAUUUCUGCCUUCUGGGUCCUUGAAACCAAGCUUUUCCCCAACUGGGUUUUUCGUUUCCUGCAAAACCCAUACACCAUUUUGGUGCUGUGACUCUGUUUUCGUCUGAUCAGUAAUUCAGGGUUUAGGGUUUAAAGAAAGGGUUUUUCUUGGUUUUCUUAAACCCUUGUGUUCACUUUUCUUAGUCCAGUUGAGCUGGGAUUUCUUCUUGAACAUCUUUCAGUGGAAAGUUUGAGUUUGGUUACUAAGCAACUGAGCUUAUUUUCAUGAACUGGGUCUCCACAUUUCCGUCCAAAAAUGGGUAUUGCCAACUCUAAAAGCGAGAAGGACGCAGCUCUGUGUCUCUGUAGAGAGCGCAAAAGGUUCAUCAAGCAAGCAAUUGAUUCAAGGUAUGCUUUAGCAGCUUCUCAUGUCUCUUACACCAACUCUCUUCGAAGCAUUGGCAUCGCUCUCCGGCGUUACGCCGAGGCCGAGGUGUUGAUAGAGUCCUCUCUGUCCACCUCAGACAAAACCCCAUCACACUCCUCCUACCCUUCGCCGUCGCCGUCCCCGAAGAUUUCGGGCUCCCCCAUGCACAAUGAGAGGCCCAUUUCGCCUCCGGGGGUGGCGACUUUGAGUUACAUGAGGUCAGGAGGAGGUAGUGCUGCUGUGACCAUGAGGUUCAAUCCUGUUAAUAGUAGUAGAUAUGUGGAUGAGGAGAUUCCACUGCCGCCGCCGCCGCCGCCGCUGCUGGGGGAGGCGGAGGCAGAUUCUUCUUGGGAUUACUUUGAUCCUGUUGAUGCUGAAGAGAGUGAGAGCUUUAGGUUUGUGGGGAGUAGUGGAGUGGAUGUGAAUUGUGAUGAUGUCAAAGGGUGGAGACAGAUGAGGAGUGAAGAAGGUAACUAUAGUGUGGGGGAGAGUAGGGGAAGAUGGGCAAAGGCGGGAAGUAAUGAACUUGAUGAAGGAACUAAGUUUUUGGAGCAGAGGAAUUGCGAAGAUUCGGGUGAUUUGACUCAAAAUGAAAGUGAAGAGCAUAAUGCCAAUACACUGAGCUCGGGAGGAGUUGAUGGUGGAUCCAGACAGUUAGUGGUGGGACAACGAAACGCCAAUGGGGAUUCAAAGAGGGAGAAGAGUGUAGGAGAGAAGGAUUUAUGUGAUGAGAGAGAGGACCCUUCGGACUUUAUUACCCACAGAGCUAAAGACUUUCUUUCGAGCAUAAAGGAUAUUGAUAAUCGGUUUCUCAAAGCUUCGGAAUCUGGGAGAGAGGUCUCAAGGAUGCUUGAGUCGAAUAAAAUCCGGGUUGGAUAUUCGGUGGCAAAAGGUAGGUCAUCAGGGUUGGCUCUUCUUGGGACUUUCCAGCUUGUUUGUUGCCAGGGAAAGACUUCACUUGUUUCUAGUGAACCUGAACAUGUUACCAAAGUAAUUACUUGGAAGCGGACAACAUCUUCGAGAUCUUCAUCAUCAAGGAAUCCUCUUGCCACAGCAUCAAAAGAUGAUGCUGAUGAUAGUGGAAGUGACUUUAUCGAAGAGUUCUGUAUGAUUGCAGGAAGCCAUUCCUCCACUCUAGAUAGACUGUAUGCAUGGGAAAGAAAGCUAUAUGAUGAAGUGAAGGCUAGUGAAUCUAUCAGGAAGGUGUAUGAUGUGAAGUGUGAUCAACUUAGGAAUCAAUUUGCAAAGGAUUGUAGCAGUCAAAUUAUUGAUAAAACCAGGGCAACUGUAAAGGACCUACAUUCACGAAUAAGAGUGGCACUUCAUGCUGUUGAUUCAAUAUCAAAGCGGAUUGAGAAAAUGAGGGAUGAUGAAUUGCUUCCGCAACUUUUAGAACUUAAUCAGGGAUUGACCAGGAUGUGGAAGGCUAUGCUUGAAUGCCAUCAUGCACAAUAUAUUACUAUCUCGCUCGCGUAUCAUUCAAAGAGCUCAACUGUAACUUCCCAAGGAGACACCCGCAGGAAUAUCAUGGCUCAACUUUUGGAGGAGAUUGAAUGCUUUGGCCUAAGCUUUGCAAACUGGAUCAACAGCCUUACUUCAUAUGUGGAAGCUCUGAAUGGUUGGCUGCAACACUGCAUUAUGCAACCUCAGGAGCGUUCCAAAAGCAGAAGGCCAUUCUCCUUCUCCCCUCGUCGAGCUAUUGCCCCACCUAUAUUUGUUCUCUUUCGUGAUUGGGCAGCUGGGAUCAGAGGAUUGCCAUCUACUGAAGUUACUGAUGCAGUCAGAACCUUCUUAUCAGAUCUGCGUCAUAUGAUGGAACAAGCAAGCACACAGAAACGACAGAGGGCAGCUGAUGCAAACAACGGAGAAUCAGAGAACAAAGAUGAUGAGGAGAACAAAGAAGAUGAGAAUUGUGAAGAAUCGUCUUCGAACCUGAGCUGCAUACAUUCGAGUUUGACAAAGGUUCUGGAUAGACUGACUAAAUUUUCCGAGGCAUCAUUGAAGAUGUAUGAGGAUAUCAGACAGAAAAGCGAAGCAGCAAGAAAUGCAUAUUCAAACUUCAACAGGCCAAAUAGACACUAGGUUCAUGUAAUUAUCACAUACAAGCAUCUCUUUAAGUUUGUCAUUGGAAACACAGUGUGUGUAAAGUUGGAGGCAGAGUUAGGAAAACGGCAUAAUUUGGGGCAGUGUGUGUUGGAUGAUUGAGAACUGAACCAAAAGGAAGAGUUUGCCAGCCAAAAGUUAUUGGGUUUUUGUUCCUGAUUGGAUUUAUUACUAUUUUAUCUAGUAUUGGAAAUUACUUUGUCUUCU